AUCAAACGAGCCCAGCCUUGCCUAGUCAUCUGUGGUGGAAGCUUGUUAAUAAAAGCCCGAGACAGGAGGGAGGCUUGUCUGAGAGGCAGUUGCCCCGACAGCACCAAGAAGCAGCUGGAGAGCAUUCACUGGCCUCGCUGCUACAGCCCUGCAGCUCAGCGUUCAGUCAUGCUACGGAGAGGCUUCCAGGCGGUAGUGAUACUUGGUCACCAUGGAACUCUUCCUGGUGCCACCCACCUCCUGCCCAGAUUCUACCCUGCCUCAGCCUUCGGAUCCUCCACGGAGUCCCUGGUCUCAAGAUUCUGUCAGGAGAUGACAAAGAGUAAGAAUUACGCCCUCCCCAAUGCCAGCUGGGGUCCAGACAUGCUGAGCCUGUAUGAUGAAUUUCUGGAGAAGACCAAGACCGAUGGCUGGGUCAGAGUGCCUUCCUUCAGAUCCAACAGAGACCACAUCCAGAGGUUCAAGCUCCCACUAAACUUAUCAGCUAACUCAGACAAGAGUGACUGGCGCCUCUUCACCAGGUGUAUUGAGAGGGAAGGACAAGGCUACGAGUAUGUCAUCUUUUUCCAACCAUCCGAGAAGAAGUCCGUCUGUCUUUUCCAACCGGGCCCCUCCCUGGAGGGAGUUCCAGGGUUUACCCACGGAGGGUCCCUGGCAGCCUUGAUAGAUGAGACCUUUUCUAAAACUGCUUACCUGUCUGGAGAGGGGCUAUUAACAGUAAAUUUCAACAUCAGGUUCAAAAACUUGAUUCCCCUGGGCUCUCUGGCUGUGCUGAACGUCAACGUGGAAAAGAUCGAGGACCAGAAGAUGUACCUGUCCUGUGUCACCCAGAGCAGAGAUCAGCAGACAGUUUACGCUAAAGCCUCAGGCACUUUCCUCCAGAUGCAGCUGGAAGAGGAUUCAUCUGGACAAUAGACACAGUGCCUUCAGAGAGCCUACCAACGACCACCUUGCCUACCAGGGACCCACUGCAGAGCAGGGAGGGGUGCCCAAGAAGUAAUGGGUGAAGUGAGGGGGGGGUGCUUUCCUUGCAUAAAUAAAGUCUCACAGCCCUGUUCUCAGUCCAAGAUGCUCC